AACAUGUUGCAAAUCAAGAAGAUGCCAGCUUACCAUGAUGUUGAUGGUUUUAGAAUACCACAAUCAAUGUCACCCAAUUGUUUAAGAGGAACUAUACAAUAUAAACCAAAAGAUGACGAUGUAUUUAUUGUUACUUUUCCGAAAUGCGGAACAACCUGGACCCAACAUAUUGUUUACAACAUAUUAAACAAAGGAGAAGAAAUAAAAAAUUUCAAAGAAUUCAUUAUUCGAUGCCCUUUUAUGGAAUUUUCAGGACCUCAGUCGGCGGAAAUUAUGCCACGUCCCGGAGCCAUCAAAACACACCUGCCAUUUCAUUUGAACCCUUAUUCUCCUAAAGCCAAAUACAUCUAUGUAGCUAGAAACCCUAAAGACUGCUGUGUUUCCUUUUACCAUCACACGAAGAUGCUCACAGAGUAUCAGUUUACAGAUGGAACAUUCGACGAUUUUUUCGAAAUCUUCCUAAAUGGAGAAACCGAUUUUGGGGAUUACUUCGACAAUCUUUUAUCGUGGUACAAGCAUCGAAGUGAUCCUAACGUCUUGUUUCUCAUCUACGAAAACAUGAAAUCUGAUACUCGUGGUGCUGUUUUCAAAAUUGCCGAAUUUUUGGGUGAGGAUUAUGCAACCAUGCUAAACUCCGAUGAAAAAUUGGUUGAGAAGAUUCUUUAUCAAACAAGCGCAGAGUAUAUGAAGAAGAAUGUAAAUGAACAGAUAAAAGAAUAUGAAAACAAGGAACAAAAUGUCCAAGAAGAUGUUCCAGAAGGAAUUAAGUACUGUAACGAAUAUAUGAAGAAAAAUAACAUUAAACCCAUGGAUGACGUUCAAUUUGUAAGAAAGGCAGUUGUUGGCGACUGGAAAAAUUAUUUCACGCCAGCUCAGUCUAAAAGAUUGAUGGAAAAAUUUGAAAAAAGAACAAGAGAAACCAACAUUCCCCUUCUCUGGCCUGGUUUGUUUUCUGAUGUUGAAAUAAAAUGAUAUGUUUCAAGUAGUUUUUUUUUU